AUGAAGGACUUCAGAGACGAUGCCACGGUGGCUCACUCGGCGUUGCCUAACGACGCGCUCGCGCCGCUGCCCGCGCGCUCGCCUGCGCACAACAGCUACCCGUAUAACGACGAGAUUAAUCACCGCUUCGCUAUAUGGUCAGACUUUAGACACCAGCGGGCGGCGCGCUGGGCGCACUCGCCUGCGCACACCAGCUUCCCCUAUAACGACGAGAUCAACCACCGCUUCGCUAUAUGGCAAGGCGACAUAACGUCUCUGGAGGUGGAUGCCAUCACAAACACGACAGAUGAAACGCUGCUGGAAUGCAACGCCGUCAGCGAACGCAUCCUGCUCGCCGCCGGGCCCGGGCUCAAGGAGGAGAUCCUCACGAGGGCACUUGAAUGCCGGACGGGCGAGGUUACGGUGACGCCGGGCUUCCGACUGCGCUGCCGCCACGUGCUGCACACCGUGGGCCCGGCCUACACGCCCAAGUACCACACCGCCGCCGAGACCUCGCUGCAGAACUGCUACAAAAACGUGCUGUACCGGUCGGCAGAACUUGGCGCUCGCAGUCUCGCGCUGUGUGUGGUGAGCGCGCCGCGCCGUGCCUUCCCGCCCGACGCGGCCGCGCACGUCGCCUUGCGCACAAUCCGGCGCUACCUCGAACAGAACCCCACACCAGCCCUAGUAAUCCUCGCCUGCGCGCGCGCCGCCGACGCCGCGCUCUACGCAUCAAUAGCGCCCGCCUACUUCCCGCGAAGCGCCGCCGAACAGCGCGCCGGGCCCGCCGCCGACCUCCACGAGCGCCGCAUCCGCAUCAUACACAACCCGCACUCGCACAACGCCGACAGCGGUGAGUCCCGCGCUAGUGAUGCUCCCUCGAGCGCCGCGUCCGCAUCAUACACAACCCGCACUCGCACAACGCCGACAGCGGCUCGCAUACAGAAAUGUAUCUGCUCAGUGGCGUCGGACCACACCGUUACAUUGCUCAGUCUAUCCGAGCGCAAAUGCGUGACCCUGGCCUCCCGCCACUUAUUCCCGGUCGUCAGCAUCAAGUGGCGGCCCUUGGACGACUUCAUGGUGGUGGGCUGCAGCGACGGCACCGUCUACGUGUGGCAGAUGGAGACCGGCCAUUUGGACCGGGUGCUGCAUGGCAUGAUAGCCGAAGAAGUGUUGGCAGCGUGCGACGAGACGCUAGCAGACGACCUGGGCGGCUCCCUCGCGUCGGGCACCAGCGACCUGCAGGGACUGGCUAACCCCGCUGUCCAUUUCUUCAGAGGAUUACGCCAUCGCAACGUGGCCGCUAUGCGAGCGGCAACGCAGAGAGGCCUCGCUGCGUUGCAGGGCCCGGGCCACGCGAGCAACGCCGGGCCGCUAGCCGAGCCCGCCCGGGCCAGGCGGGCUCAGCUCACUAUACAAGGGUUCAGAUCUAACCCCAAAGGCCACGCAGAGAAGCCUCAGUGCCAUGACCAGGGCCAGGCGGGCUCAGCUCACUAUACAAGGGAUCAGAUCUAA